AUGGUUCUCAAUGAUACCUCGCCCCAAGGGGGCUCAUAUGCAGGACAAAGUACCUCAACAAACAACCCCUCCAGACCUCCAGUAUCCAGCGACGCCCGCCUGCCAGAUUUGGCCGGCAUCAGGAUCAAGCCUGAACUCAUGACCCGCCCGGAUCCCUUCACACUUUAUACUGGGUUUUAUGGAAAGAGAAUGUGGAGGGGAACAAUCGUGGCAAAGGUUGCCGACCGAAUGCAUGGCACCUGGGUUCUCACCGGCCGUCGAGCAACCCAAGUGGAAGUCGACGCAUUCACUGAAUCUUGCUCGCGGUCGGCAUACUACGGACGAACGGGAAUUCCACUCUUCACAUCUGUAGGUGUUCUGUGGAUGUACCGAAGCGCAGUGAAAAAGAACCCCAAUCUUACAGCCACGCAACGGCUUCGCAACAUGAGUAUUCUGCUCCAACACGAGAAGGCAGUAUUCUGGAGUAUCGCAAGUAGAGCGGCAUUCAAAAUGCUUUUCAUCGGCUCGCUUGGUGGAAUUAUUUCGUCAUUCGCAAGUUCAUGGGUCGAUAUGAGUUCUAUUCUUGGAGACCCACGACUGCAGCAGUGGAGAGAAGAUUCCAAGGCCCAGAAGGAUGAAGAUAUUCGCAAACGGAAACUUGCUUUCGCAACGACAAGAAUCCAGGAACUAAAACAUGCCACUAUGGCGCUGCUGAAGUCUAUGGAUAAUGCCAAUGGUGAUGCGAUGGGCAGCUACGACGAUACUCCUACCCAACAGCAGCAAUACACUUACGACUCGUCAAAUGAUACCCAAAGCCAGUCGACUGAUGAUUCCUCCCAAUCCGCCUACCAGUCCUCUGGAUCUGGAUCUUCCCGUGCCCCUCAACCCUCUUCUCAGUCGGAAUCCGGCUCGGAUUUCUUCCUUACUGGUAGUAACCAGGACGAUGACGCGAGCCCGACUGCCCCCGAGCACCGGAACACAAAGCUCGAUGGCACACCUAUCAGUGCUUGGGAUCGCAUCAGAGCUCAAAAUGGAGCCCAAAAUCCUGUGCGCCAGUCUCCUAUGGGAUGGGAGCAGGGUCAAUCUGAGUCUACAGACUCUGCUCCUACUGGUGCCCAGGAUAAAUAUGAUUACGAUAGAAGACGGGAGAAGGAUAUGGCGCAAUCGGAGUUUGAUCGGAUGAUGGAUAAUGAGCGGAAGGGAGCUGAUGGCGAGUCCCGUCGCGGUUGGGGCUCAUAA